GAAAGCCAAGUGAAGGGGCAAAGGAUGUGACAGGCAGCUCCCUCUCCUUGGGAGAGCAUCCCCGGGGCGGCGCGGUCUACCUGCGGAACGUUGGUUUUGCGGCUUGGGCGAGGAUGCGAAAAUGCUGGACACCAUCCACACCGCGGUGCUGGAGACGGGCGCCAGGAGCGCGUUCUUCACACUCUCCAGGCUCUCCGCAGAGGAGGUCUUUACUAUUUGGGACACUGUUUCUGAAUUUGUUGAAAAGCAACUCUCCUUGAAUAAGGGUGUCUCAAUACCAGGUUUGGGGACAUUCUCCUUCUUCAGGCAGAAGCUGGAAAUCAGCGCCAACAAGCACAUCCUCGUCCAAAGGCCGGUGUUCGUUCUGUCUGAGAAACUCGUGCAGACUCAUGGGCUGAAGCGCAGCAAAAUCCGCACUCCCGGCGACAUCCCGAUCGUGAAGCUGAAUUUCAUUGUGCUGUCCCUGGAGGGCCCCUUUAAAAGGGAGAUCGUGGAAGGAUGCGUCCGAGAGACCCUCUUGUUCUUCUCCCGCUCCAUUGCCAACAAGCAGCACGUGGAGUUCACUUUCAAGGGGAUCGGCGUCCUCGUGAUCAGGGACAACAAAGUGAAAAUGAAAUUCUACAAAGACUUCCUCCAGGCCAUGGAUGGGAGCGGGAAUCUGCUAAAAGCACUUUCAAACAGGCCAGGGACUGGAGAUUCAGUCUUGUCGAGCAGGGAAGGCGCAGUUCCACUUUCUCGAAAUGUGGUCAUGUUUCCCAGGAUGGAGAUGAAAGAAAUGGAAACGAUUACUGAAGAAGAUGAGAAGACUAGUAAAGAGAAGGAGCAGUCAGAAAAAGAGAACAGCAAAAAAGAAAACCUCUCGCCGAAACGUCUUCUCUGCCGCCAAGCCAUUUCCCCAGCCAAAGUGACGGGGAUCAGUUUGUCGGAAGACUUUGAGAAGAACUUUGGCAAAACACCCCCUCCAAGGCUGGCGGCUCCCGUUUCCGAUUCAAAGCCAGAACAGGAAGCCAGCCCUGCUCCGGUUCCAGCUCCAGCUCCUGCCCCAGUUCCUGCCCCCCGAUCCCGGACUCCGUCCCCGAUUUGUCAAGAUCAUGGUAGGGCAGGACAGGAAAUGUGCUACUUGUGCAUGCAGCGCGCUCAAAGGAACAUCCCUGUUUACUUGAAUGAAGAGAAGAGGAGGAAAGAGAAGGAAGAGGACAGAAUAAUCGCGCAGUACUUAGCCCUGCAAGACCACGAGGCCCUGCAGAAGCAGCAGCUGAAAACCUUGGCAAACAGAGAGCAGAACCAAAAAAUCGCUGCAUUCAAUAUAGGAGUCGCUGAAGCCUUAAGAAGCCAGAAGAAUGAAAAAGCUCCGGAAAUUUACAAAUCCUACAUUUUUGAGAAAAGGCCGUCUAGUGCUACCCCUCAUCAAAAACAGGAGGUCUACUCAAAAGAACUGGCAAAACAGUUGGAGGAGAAGGUCACGAGGGAAACCAAGGUGAAGCAGGAUCAGGACCUUAUUGACCGUUUGGAGCAAGUGCACUUAGCAGAAGAGUUAGCUGCCCAAAGAGCAAUGUAUCUCAAGAACAAGAUGGCUGAAAUGCAGUGUUAUAAGAAGGCGUUGGAUUCGCAGAUCAAGGUGAGGCCGGCUCCGCUGCCUCACUGUGAGCCGAACAUGAGCUACGCCAUCUUUGGGAACAACGAUGCGAGCAAUGAGAAGGCGGAGGAAAGAAGGAAGCGAUCUCAGGAGUUCUCCAGGCAUCAACUGCAUGCCGCCGCAGACCGCAAAAGGGCCGCGAUCCUCAGCCAGCUGAUCGAUCAGAGGAGAGCAGAAGAAAUGUUCCAGAGGGCACGGAAGCAGUGGAUUGCUGAGAAGGGAGCCAGGCUGGAGAGGCUCUUCCAGAUGAAUUUAGCCCUGAAGAACGAUUGGAAGAGGAGCGCCGGCCAGAAAAGGCAGCGGGAUCAUGAGGAGAAACUCUUUCAGUGGGCUGGAGACAAGCUCUUUCUACUUGAUCAGUGCGCAAAGUAUCGGCGUUGCUACCAGUGCAAGCGGCGCCUGAACGGCUGCGGGGAUGGCAACGAAUGGACGGACAAUAGAUAUAUCCCUGGCUCCCGGUUAAUUGUUUGAAGAAAGUUCAGCUUCCCUGCUCCUUCCCUUGCCUCCUUUCAACUUGUAAAAACUGUCCACCGCUUGACUUGGUCCUCGCAACACCCCAUAGCAAGUUCUGCCACUUUCCAGCUUAAUAUUUUUGCCCUUCUGUGUUUGGUAGGUUUUUAUGGAGAAUUAUGUUGAAUUAAAAAGAAUAUGGAAA